AUGGUGUUCCUCGAGGCCCAACUCUCAUGGACCGUGUUGAUCCCCCCUGAGAGCCUCUUCGCUGAGGGGCUGAAGCUUCAACAGGCGAUUGUCCUCCGCCUUCUGGAGGAGGUCUCCUGCAGGAAGGCCUCCAAGGAGCUCGGCUACUUUGUGGCGGUGACCUCGUUGGAGAGCGUCGGGGAAGGCCAGUUGCAGGAGCUCACCGGCAAUGUCAUCUUCCCCAUCACCUUCAGGUGCGUCACUUUCAAGCCCCUGAAGGGCGAGGUUCUGGUAGGCGCCAUCCGCAAGGUGCUCCGGCACGGCAUCAUGCUGGCGGCAGGGCCUCUGGAGGGGGUCUUCCUCUCUGCAAAGGCUAUGGGAGAUGGCUACGAGUACCUCCCAAGGGAUGAGCCGGUCUUCUUGAGCGAGAAGCUCUCCAGGCUGGAGAGUGGCGGCGCAGUGCGGUUCAAGGUGCUGGGCCUCAAGUGGAUGGAGGAGGACAGAGAAUUCCAGGUGCUGGCGACCAUGGCCGCCGACUUCCUUGGGCCUCUCAUCUCCGACGAUGACUGA